AAUUAAUUAAUAAUGAACUUGGUAUAAAUUUACUAAUUUAGUACAAACAAAAGCAAGAAAGUAAACCCAGUAGUGAAUCUCCAAAACAAACAUUAGUUAGAACAAGAGGACAAAAUACUGAUAUGGGUGCAGGCACCUAAUCCUGCUAUUGCUAAUGGUGCUCUUCCUUCCCAGUUCCCACCUUUUAGAAUUCAAAAUAUCUGUUUUUUAUUUCCUACAUUUUCUUUAUUCAGAAAAGAAAGGGGAUAGGAAGAAUAAUUUGCCAACCAAAUAAAAUAAAAAGGAAAGAAUAUGAUUAUUAAGUUAUAUGGUGGAGAUUGCAGCAGAGGCAGAGGAGAGGUAAGGGAGGGGUUCCAUUGCUGAAGAGGAUAUGAGAGGGACAUCCAGCAAUCAGCUUCCGCUGAGAGAUAUGCUGCUAGUCUAGAGAGAGAAUCUAGAUAGAGAAAGAAGCUAACCCAGAUUGGGUGUUUGUGUGAAGAAGGAAGGAAGCAGAAGAAGAAGCAGGGAAGGAGAAGGGUUUAAGAGGAGGGGUUUAGGUCUACCAACUGGUAGUUAAGAGAUUGAAACUCCUUAACCAAAUCCCCAUAAGAAAGAAACUAACAAGUUGUGAGCUUUACCAACAACAACAGCAGCAAGCAACAUAAGGAGGAGAUGGGAGAAUAAGCUCUAGAAGGCUGCUGCUGAAUCCACAAGAAGAAGGGGAAGUCAAGCUGAUUACAGUCUCCACCAACCACCAAGAUAUAGCCUUUUCUUCUUACUCAUCAUCAUAAUUCUAUCUUUCUCUCUCUCUCUCUCUCUGCUUUCACUCUCUAGCUGCUAUUUUCCUUUCAUUCUCAAACUCCGUUUCAACAAACUGUUGAAUGGGGAUUUGAGGCUUGAAGCAACAAAGCCCAACCAAAACUUAGAAAAGAAAGGGGAUCCAGAGGGAUAGAAGGAAGGAAAGAAAGAAAGCUUAGCCUAACCCUCCCACCACCACCACCACCACCACCACCACCACCACCACCACCAUUUCAACAAAAAAGGGCCACACAGAGAUUGCUACAAACAGAAAGCUAUCAUUUGGUAUUCCCCUUUGAGAAAGAAAGGCAAAGAAAGAGAAGAGAGGGAUGCUCACGUGGGGAUUUUUCUAUGGAAUGAUGGAUGGAGAAUAUAUGAUGGGAGGAGAUAAAAGAUCAAAAGUGAGAGGAAGAGACUUAUGAUCCCUCCCCCACAACGAGCAGAAAAGAAGAAAGCGAGAGAAUAGUUCAUUGCCAUCUCCUUUCAAUUAUCACUUCCUAUCUUUUCAGAGGAAAAAGAAGACAAGGGUGGGGGGGAAAAGAAGCAAUUUUUUUGCUUCUUCUAGCCUUUGUUUCUCCCUCUCCUAGAGUGUAUAUUCCUUGAGGAAGGACUUUGUAUAUUGUUAUUUUUGUUGGGUUCUUCUUCUUCUUGUUCUAAGUCAGUGGUGGAUCGAUCGAUGUGUUUGAGGUUUUCCUGUUCCCUGAGGCACCCACAAACCUGUUUACUGGUUUCCAGGUACAAUUUUUUUAUUCAGCCAUUAAAUUAAGCUUCCCUUUUGCUGCCAAAGUUUUCAUCUUUUUGUUUUGCAUUCUUCUUAUCUCUUGGCUGUCUCUUUCUCUCCUCCAUGUGCUUGAUGGAAAGGAAGAGAAGAAGAGGAAGAUGGGUUUUAAGUGGUGGUGACUGUGGUGAUAUCCCAAUAGGGAAAUUGUUAAUUUAUUGGCAACUUUGUGUGUGUUGGAAUGAGCAAAAAUUGAAUAUGCUAUUGUGUUGGGAUUUGCAGAUUCUGGGUUUGUCUUGUUUGUGUUCUUUUGCAGGAGGGUGUUCCUUUUCCUCUUCUUCUUCUUCUUCUUCUUCUUCUUCUUUUUCUAUCUUGGGGUUUGUUUGGGGUUGGUGGAUGCUUCUGUUCUGAAAGUUUUGUUUCCUUGAUAUUCUUUUUUAUUCUUGGGUGGUGUCUUAAGUUACUUAAUGUUGUGUACUAGAUUGGUCAUUUUCCCCCCUCUUUUACCUUGCCUCUUGGGACAACUAGGAACCAGGAGAUGAUGAAGUUGUCAGAGAGACGAAGGUACUAUGAUGUUUGGUUGCUCUUGUGUAACGUCCUUGAUUGGUCCUGUGAACUUAAGCCCUUACUCCACCUCUUGCCUCUUCUGGUUGGGUGAAAAUUGCUGCUUUGGUUACUUCCUCUGCACUGCAAAUGGAAGUUUAAUGUACAGCUGAUGUUCAUUUCAGUUGAGAAGGGGGUGACUACGCGUGCAAUCUGAUUAGAAGAUCUUAACAUAAGAGGGAAAAGGAGAAGCUCAUGAUUUGAAAUAAAAAAAUGGCAACUUACUAUCCCAGUUCCAGCAACGAGAGGGAGGCUGCUGCUACUCCAAUGGUAUAUCUUCCUGGUGCAUAUUCCGAGACUCCAGUUCUUACCGGCAACAUGAUGAUGUACAUGAAUCCCGGGUCAUACUCAGAUGCAUUACCUAACAAUGCUCAGCAGCAAAACAACUGCAUUGAAAUUCAGUCUGUAGAGGGAUCAACAUCAACCCAGCAGCAGCAGCAAGAGAUACUGACGAAUUUUGAUGGAUCACGAGUCGGUGAGCAUGAUUUCAAUGCUUGGAGAGAUGGCAGAAAUGAGAUGCUUGUUAUGCACUCGAUCGCUGGUACUUCUAGCAACAUUCUUCACCAGAAUUUGCAAGGACAAGGCUUGUCUUUGAGCUUGGGGACACAAAUCCCAUCUGGAAUACAAAUGCCUUACCGGAAUGCUAACCCAGGAUUUACAUCAUUCUUAAGUCCCAAUCCAUCAACUGUAGCUGAGAGCCCGACUGGUAGGAAUGAUCAACCAAGGAGUGCUGAGUUUUUGGGACAUGGUGUCUACCUUGGUGGAGGAGUUCAUCAGGAUGCUGGCAAUAAAGGGGAAUAUGCACAGUAUGGAAUGACGAGUAUAGCAAGAACCAUUCCUAAUUCCAAGUAUCUCAAGGCAGCACAACAACUGCUCGAUGAAGUCGUUAAUGUUCGGAAAGCUCUGAGGCACACUGAUAAGGACAAGAGCCAGAAAACAAAUGAGAAUGAUAUGAACAACAGCUCCAAGGAAGGAGACAGUGGAUCAAAGAAUGAUGAAUCUCUGAACAAUUCAGCCAACGAGCUUUCGCAUUCUGAAAGACAGGAGCUGCAGAAUAAGUUGACAAAGCUCUUGUCCAUGCUGGAUGAGGUUGACAGAAGGUACAAGCAGUACUAUCACCAGAUGCAGAUUGUAGUGUCAUCAUUUGACGUCAUAGCAGGCUGUGGGGCUGCCAAACCGUAUACAGCUCUCGCCUUGCAGACCAUAUCUCGCCAUUUCCGGUGCUUGAGGGACACCAUUAACGGACAGAUUAAGUCUGUCAGGAAAAGCUUAGGUGAGCAAGAGACAUCAGAGAAUAGCAAAGGUGUUGCAAUAACACGGCUUCGGUAUGUCGAUCAGCAGCUGAGGCAGCAGAGGGCUCUUCAGCAGCUUGGCAUGAUGCAACAACACACUUGGAGGCCACAGAGGGGACUGCCAGAGAACUCUGUCUCAAUUCUUCGUGCCUGGCUGUUCGAGCAUUUCCUUCAUCCUUAUCCGAAGGAUUCAGACAAGAUUAUGCUGGCUAGGCAGACUGGAUUAACUCGAGGCCAGGUCUCAAAUUGGUUCAUCAAUGCACGAGUACGUCUCUGGAAGCCGAUGGUGGAAGAGAUGUACAAAGAAGAACUCGGCGAUGCAGAGAUGGACUCCAACUCCUCCUCCGAGACGGCUGCUGCCAGAGCACUCUCAAGGGCUGACAUGAGAAGCUCCGAGGACCAAGGUGAAGAAAUGCAGCACCAACAACAAAGUGUGGCCUCAUCUUCCGCGAUAGAACAAGCUAUGGAGAAAACGUCUGAUGAUCAUCAUCAACAUCAUCUUGUUCACGACAUGGAUAUGGUUGGAGGCUCAACCGCGAGGCCCCAAUUCCAAUUCGGCACAACACAUGGGAGGCUUGAUGUCGACAAUUGUGGCCUUUACAAUGAGGCCAUUGGUGGGGGAGGUGGUGAUAGUAGAUUCAUGGCAGCAGCUGCUGCAGCGUACCAGAUGCAGGAAAUGGGGAGGUACGGUGGUGGGAGUGGGGGUGGUGUGUCGUUGACAUUAGGGUUGCAGCAUUGUGAAGGUGGUGGUGGUGGAGGAUUACCAAUAUCCAGUGCAAGCCAUCAUCAUCAUCCUAACCACGGUUUUGUUUCCAUGAGAGGUGAUGAUAUCUAUAGUGCAGCAGCAGCCGCAGCAGCAGCGUCGUCUGUAGGUGGAGAGACGAGCGAGUUUGAAUGUGUAAACCCGGGGAGUAGGCAGCAACACAGGUUCAGUUCCUCACAUUUGUUACAUGAUUUUGUAGCGUGAAAAUGGUCGAAUAAUUGGCUUGUUGAUGGUGAAGAAGGGAAAAGCUUGUGUAUACAAACACUGUUGUAGCAUAUUCAGCAAAGAAGUGGGUGGGGGGGGGGGGGGGGGGGGGGGGGGGUAGAAUAUUUGUAAAGAUACAUAAUUUUUUGGCUGUCUAAAGAAUGUGGGAAGAGUUAAGUGUACAAUUAAGUAGUGUCACAAUUGGGGUUAUUGGUUCCUAUAAAAAAAAAACAAUUGGGGUUAUUGGUGAAAGGGGGAAAACAGAAUACUUUCAUGGUUUUGAAAUAAAGAUUGUUAUGAAUU